UUUGUUCUUAUCUGGCACGGCUGGUCAAAAGCGGAGUGAAUACGUUACCCUGUCCACCAGUUUAUAAGUCAUCCCCUUAAACCUCACCGGAGAAGAAGAGAGGGAGCGGAGGAGAGGGGGCCAAGAGAUGAACCAGGAGGGAAGAGAGAGAGAAGCAACAGGAGAACAAACAGAGGAGUGAAAAGAACAAAAAAAAAGUGAAAGAAAGCUUUGGGUCUUUUUUCCAGUGUUACUGCAACAUAUUUACCACGAUUACAGCGGUGUGAUCCAGCAGCUGCUGAGAUGUGGAUGGAAACCAAAACAGAGGUGGGGGAGGCCAGCAGGAGUCGUGCCAGCUUCAGCCGGCGUGCGUUGAACGCUCUGCUGUUGUGCACUGGGGACAUGAAGCACUUGGAUGAGUACAUGCAGGAUAAGUUAUUUGUGCUGCAGCUGGCAGUGUGGGGCCUGAGAGGGGUGGCCAGGGUGAUUCUAGCAAACAACCCGCUGAGUGGUGUUCUCAUCCUGGCUGCACUGUACUGGGCUUCCCCCUGGCAGGGCCUGCUGGGAACUGUGGGUGUUCUGGUCUCUACGCUAACAGCUAUUAUCAUGGGACAAGACAGUGCUGAGGUGUCAGGGGGUCUCCAUGGCUUUAACGGCAUGUUGGUGUCUCUGCUGAUGGGAGCGUUUAGUUCGGCUGGUGACUGGUACUGGUGGCUGCUGCUGCCUGUCUGCUUGGGGUCAGCUACAUGUGUCUUUCUGUUCAGUGGUCUCUCCUCAGUGAUGGACCGCUGGGACUUGCCCGUCGCCGUGUUUCCCUUCAACAUCAUCAUCUUCCUCUACCUCCUCUGUACCGGCCAAGACAAUCCCUACUUUCCACACCGACAAGCUCUGCCACCAGGGGCACUGGAGCCUAAUGGCACUGCGCUCAUUGCAGUAGAGGUGAUACGUGGUAUCCCUCUGGGUGUGGGUCAGAUCUUCGCCUGUGGAGCCCUGGGGCCCUCCCUACUUAUCCUGGGAGCCGUUCUGCUCUACUCCCCCCUGCUGGCCGUCCAUGCUCUGCUUGGAUCAGCAGUUGGCACAUUGGCUGGUCUAUCCAUGGCGGUGCGUCAUGGCUCUCUGUACUCAGGUCUGUCAGGGUUUAAUGGAGCUCUGGGCUGCAUGGCUGUUGGAGGACUCUUCUUCACCUUCAGCUGGAGGACCCACCUCUUUGCCAUUGCCAGCGCCUUCCUCUCUGCAUAUGCUGACAUCGCUCUAUGCAAUCUACUGGGAACUGUGGGUCUCCCAGCAUGCAGUUGGGCAGGCACUCUGACAGCCACACUGAUGCUGCUGAUGACUGGUAGUUUAGCAGCACACCGCAUUCCUAUUGGUCAAGUUAUGGCCCCUGAACACAACCUGCGCUCUCGCAGCCAGUGGGCAGCUGGGAACACCGCAGAAAGAGAAAGCACUGAUGUGUAGUGCUAGGACACACACACACACACACACACACACACACACACACACACACACACACACACACACACACACACACACACAGAGUACUGUAUCAGUACUCGUUGGAUGAGCUGGACCAAACAUAUAUACAUUUUGAUUAUAAGUAUAUUAUAAAUGGAUUCAUAGACAUACAAUGUUACCAUGUCCUUACAUUGUAAAAAAAAAAGAAGAAAAAAAGUAAAUUAAACACUUUGAUGAAGCCCUGACUCUACAUUUUGUUCACCAGGUGGCAGUGUAUUUUCAGCAAUAAAAUGUUAAGUGUAUAUGAAGUAUCUCAGUUGUUAUGCAAGCCUUUGUAUUCAGACCCAACAAAUGUUUUGUCCACGUUUAUGCCACUUGUGUAAUUACAAUACAUGUAUUUUAAUAGUGUAUCGUAUUUGAGACACAAAAAAGCCAAAAAACAACCAAGUUAAAGGGAAAGAAAACAUCUUUUAAUUGCCAUGAAAUCAACAAGUCAGUUCCAUAAAAUCAUUCAUUGUUAAAAUGACAGUUUUAUUGUUAUCAAUAAAAACACAUAAUGAAUUCUACA